UUAGGCAAUUGGUUCCUAUUUUCGUGAGGAUACGUUGUAAUCUAUCUCUGAGUCUAUAUUCUCCCGGAAUAUCUCGUAACAUAGUUUUGUUCUUUUUCUUUGAUCAUAAGCAGUAAAACUGAUUUUCGAUUGGAAGAAAUAAUCACUUAGAUCAGAAUUGAGAUAUGGACUCUGCUGAUUGGCGCACUCAACUUCUACCCGAUUCUCGUCAAAGGAUUGUCAACAACAUGCAGAAGUUUUGACAAGUCAACUCGGGGACUUGUUUUUGUUCUGCUUUCCAGUUUAUGAAAACUCACUUGUCCAGGUGAAUUGGAAGUGUAUGCCAUAGAAUUUUCCAGUAUUGAACCGAGACCUUAAAGAGGCAUCUUUCUGUCACUAGGGAAGGAGGAGUUCAGGAGCUCAAGAAAAUUGCAGCGGGGUUUGAGGAAAAGAUCUAUACUGCUGCUACAAGUCAACAAGAUUAUCUACGAAAAAUAUCUCUAAAGAUGCUUACUAUGGAGACAAAAUCUCAAAAUCCUAUGACCAAUUCGAGCAAUGCUGCAAGUAGUGGUCAGAAUGCCCAUGACCCAGGAAAUGCAUAUUUUGGGAGUGAAGGUACCGCCCCAGCUGGAGCUGCAGUCGGAGUUCUGGAUGCCGCUGAUUGGCGGAUUCAACUUCUACCUGAUUCUCGUCAAAGCAUUGUCAACAAGAUAACCGAGACCUUAAAGAGACAUCUUUCUGUCACUAGACAAGAAGGAGUUCAGGAGCUUAUGAAAAUUGCUGUGGGGUUUGAGGAAAAGAUCUAUACUGCUGCUACAAGUCAGCCAGAUUAUCAACGGAAAAUAUCUCUAAAGAUGCUGACUAUGGAGACAAAAUCUCAAAAUCCUAUGACCAAUUCGGCCAAUGCUGCAAGUAGUGGUCAGAAUGCCCAUGACCCAGGUACCACCCCAGCUGGAACUGCAGCCGGAGCUAUGGACGCCGUGGAUUGGCGGACUCAACUUCUACCUGAUUCUCGUCAAAGGAUUGUCAACAAGAUAACCGAGACCUUAAAACGGCAUCUUCCUGUCACUGGAGAAGAAGGAGUUCAGGAGCUCAAGAAAAUUGCAGUGAGGUUUGAGGAAAAGAUCUAUACUGCUGCUAUAAGUCAGCCAGAUUAUCUACGAAAAAUAUCUCUAAAGAUGCUGACUAUGGAGACAAAAUCUCAACAUCCUAUGACCAAUUCGACCAAUGCUGCAAGUAGUGGUCAGAAUGCCCUUGGUCCAGAUUCCUGCCAGGAAAGGGAAAUUACUCAAGGAAGCAUGAAGAGAAAGAGAGAAAACUCGGGAGAUAAUGUUGAAGAGCAUAAUGAUCAAAUUCUACCAACAUUUACAUGUGAAAUAUGCACUGAAGUUGUUCCAAUAACCAUGAAAUUCAACAAUUUCCAUAGUUGCAAUCAUUCUUUUUGCUCAAAAUGCAUAGAGAGGCACGUCGAAGUGAAAAUCCAACUAAGGAUUGCUGAUAUACAGUGCCCGUAUGUAGAUUGUGGGAAACUUUUGGACCCUCUAGUAUGUAGAACGAUGAUUCCCUUAUCGAUUUUCGAGGAGUGGUGUGACCUUCUCUGCAGGCAGGCUCAUUUAGGAUUCGAGAAAUGUUACUGUCCUUAUCAAGAUUGUGGAGAAGUCAUUGUUAAAGAGUGUGAAGAUGUUGUUGGAAAAUCGGAGUGUCCUAACUGCAGAAGAUUGAUUUGCUUUCAGUGUGGGCUUCCAUGGAAUGUCUGUGAAGAAAAUGGAUGUUCAAAGGUGAAUGAUACUUUGUUCAAAGAACUUGUGGAGCAAAAGCAAUGGACUAAAUGUCCUAGCUGUAAUAUGUAUGUCGAACGAAUUGCAGGCUGCAAUCAUAUGCAAUGCAGAUGCAAUUUCUGUUUCUGCUACAAAUGCGGGAAAAGCCCUACUGCUCAGAGGCGCUGGUGCAGGUGCAAAUAAGAUUGAAGAUCCUCAUUUUGCACUUGUUAGGUUCACCUUUUUUCAUGAUAAAAGGUUGUAUAUAUAAUAAAAUAACUAUAAAUGGUUUGAUUUAUA